UGAAUUGCCUUACCCGGCUACAAAGCUCACCAUCGGCCAAUACUUCUGGAUUCAUCCAUCUCGACGCUCCUGGGCUUGGCUGGUUGUCGGCUCGUUCUACGACUCCGAGGCCCGUGAACUCUGGCAUAUCGAGAUUUUCGUCGGCUACGGCGAUAACACUACCACCGAGUUUUCUGAGUCCUUAACAUCUGACGCAUCUAACGCGACUGGUAGGUUAUUACUCCUGUUAUGAUCUUUACCUGUAUCCGUACUAACUUUUAUGGCAGAGACCUUUGCAAUAGACGAAGGAGAUCAAUAUAUAGAAACACAACUUAACUUUAACAACUUUCCUAACGAAUACAACGGCACUGAACUUCAAGAGGAGGCCCUUAAUAACUUCUUUACUCACAUUGCGCAUUAUCCCGGGCACUACACGCAUUAUACACCAGCCUUUACACCUAUCAUGGCUUCCCAGACGUUUGGAAAUGGGUGGCACCCGCAGUUCGGCUCGGACCAGACUCCAAACGCGAAUGCCAGUCCAUCCUUUGGCAACAUCGUCCCUGGCAUCGUCUAUACCGGUUCCAGCGGGUAUAACUACCAACCGAGCCAGGGCGGCGUCGUCCCCGGACCGAAUAACCAGGCCCCGGUCUAUGUCAUCCCCCAGAAUGGCUAUAACCACCCAGUCCCGGUGUUUCCAAGCCAGGGACCCCGUCUGCCGAACCCUCAUCCCGUUGUCAACCUCGACGCCCCGGCUUUGAACUUGAACAACUCUACUGGUGGUGUCGGUUGUGAGCCCGGGUACAACUACUUUUUCCCGCCCGAACACACGAAGCUCCAUGUGGUCAAAUCGUCGACUGCCCCCUGGCGACUUCCUGAAGGCAUGUCAAUGAACUUCGGGGCUUACCAUGUGCCUGUCAACACGACGUUGGCGCAGCUGCUAGAGGGCUUUGGUGCUCUCAACCCCUUGCCGAAGAAGAAUAAGGUCACCGAGGUGAUUCAAGGAGGCAAUGGAAAGUGGUACAGGGGAGUCACAUUUUCUGGUGACGAUGGUGAAUCUAUGGCCAAGACGCUAAGAGAUCUAGGCUGGGAUCGUUCACGAACGGGACGCACGGGAGAAAAGCCGGUCAUCUGGCUUUGGAUUACAAAGGAUUAACCGCCUUUAUUUUGUUGUUCGGGAUUUAUAUGCACCUUAUAGGGGUUACACCGCACAGUCAUUUUUUAAGAUGUUUUUGACCAGCGCGCAAAUAAGUGGUAUAUGUUUUAUAGUCUAGCCAGGUAUUCGGUAGUUGCGCUGCUUAUUAUAAAAUUAGUCUCGUCUUAUUUCAAGAAUAUCGCACCGUGUCGUUAGCCUUGAAUGCCAGCUACAUACAGUAGCUUUACUACUUCAGUCUACAAAUUGUCCAAUUGCACCGUGCCAAAUAUCU